AUGGCCUUCGGAUAUGCUGAUCACGAGAUACGGAUGUUACUUAUUGGAAAGACUGGAGUUGGUAAGAGUACCACCGGCAACACCAUACUAAGAUUUCCUGCAUUUGAUACCAAAGUUUCUGCAACAUCUGUGACAACCAAUACAAAAUACAACGAACCAGAGAGAUUCGGCAAAAAGUCGGUCGUCAUAGACACUCCUGGUCUUUUUGAUAUAAAUCGAACGGUAACGGAAACUCUUGUAGAAAUGUCAGAAUGGUAUGCUCUUGCUUCCCCCGGAAUUCAUGCCAUAAUAUUAGUACUUCAAGUUGGAAGAUUUUUUGAUGAAGAACAAAAAACUGAAGAGUUUUAUAUGAACGUUUUUGGAGAAGAAUUAAAAAACUUUUUAAUCGUAGUAUUUACUCAUAAAGGCAGACUAGAAGAUGACGGUAUGAGUAUUGAAGACUUUGUUCGUACAAUGGAUAAGGAUUCCAACAUUAAAGUUCUAAUUGAUGAAAUACAGGGGAGGUCUACGGCCAUCGGAUAUAAAGGUCGAAAGGAAGAUCGUGAGAAAGAAGUACGCCACAUAUUAUCUAUGAUCAAGAAAAUGGGAAAGAGCAACGGUCAAGCAUACUACAGCAAUGCUAUGUUUAAACGAGUUGAAGAUAUCAUUAAAGAAAAUGAAAGGAAAGAACCUGAAAAGUCAAAGACCAAAGAAAAGAUGUACACCGAGGAAGAAGUCCUGCGUUUUAUACAUGCAGCAAGAUCUAAAUCUCGAAUAAACAUCAUCUAUGCCAACCAACAAGAAGAGGGAUUACUUUCAGAGAUCGUCUCUACAAUGGGUAGUGUUCUAUUAGCCGCAGGAACACUAGCAGUUGGAACUACAGCGGCUAACUACAGAGGUUGGGAAACUCCGAAAUAUACCUCUGUCAAUCCAGAUGAACGAUGUGAUCGACCAAAGGAUGGUAGUUAUGACCUGCACAAAGACACUCGGAGCAAGGGGUCUCUUGAGAAAGAUUAUCAAUUUUACCAUAGAUUUUUUACACCUAGGCCACAUUUUGAAUUACCGGAAACCAAGUCUACGACAACUCCAACAAGUGUUACAUGGAGCUUCACAAAAGACAGUAGUCCACUUGCUAGUGUAUACCAAAGUAGGGGACCCGAAGUAAUGCCAAACCAAAGCACCAGUAGUGAACAGUUUGGGAAGACUGUGAUGAAACCGGCUACAUUUGAUGGAAAUAGUUCAUGGAUAGCCUAUAGGGCGCAUUUUGAUGCAUGCAGUAACUUAACAUGUGGAACCCGAGACAGAAGGGAGUGUACCUUGCCGCAUCCUUACGGGGACAAGCCCAGACGGUAUUAG